CCGUGAUUCGUGAGACGCAAAGCCGGUGACUCUCUAGUUCAGCCUUUUCAUUUCAUCUUACCCGCACAGACGGCGCAGCGCGCAACUUUUGGGCCAGCACGCCAAAAGAUGCCGCGGAUCUCUCCACGAGCUGUUUUGCAGCUUUGCAGAGCCAGACAGCCGCUCACAUUGGGCUCCCCCCUCACUAGCACUGAGUCUUUGGCUGGAGCUUGCAGACUUGCCAGCUCAAGCGCUUCCUCGUACUCAAGGGCGCUGCCUAGCUCGAGCAUCCUGUCCCUCUCGUCCAGCAACACUCGACCCGCACACAGCGCCAGUCACAUCCCAUCAUCCCUCGUCAGACCCAAUCCUUCCACCUUUGCGCUCUCGCAACCUCCUUCGAACACGAGGUCGGUCACGUACGGUGCGGAGUAUCAACCUUCUCAAAGAAAGAGAAAGAGAAAACACGGGUUUUUGAGCAGGAUCAAGACCAAGAAUGGAAGGAAGACGCUGGCGAGACGUAAAGCUAAAGGGAGGAGGUUCUUGAGCCAUUGAGACGUCUGCGCGCGCGCGUGAACACGCUUCACUGUGACAAUUGAGGCUCAUCUGAACCUGCAUGGGGAAGCAAAAGAACGUGAAGGAGUACGAGGCUGAAAGGAAUGCGAUUGCGGAAUUGGGCGUGUGGUGCGAAAACUGUGGACCAAUGAUGCGAGGGGUAAAGAAGGAUCGGGAUGGUUCAAGAGGAAACGAAGAUCGACAUUGCACUGCACCAACAAGGGUGAUCCCUACGCACACCCAUACACGCAAAUCACACUGCCAUCUCCUUUCGC